AUGUCGACCAACAACAGCACGCUCGAUCGCAAGGACCGCAUCCCCUCCCCAAUCAGCGAGGGCUCUUCACGUGGGAACGUCGUCGACCACAAUGCUCCUCAUGGUGAGCUGACCGCUGACCCUGGGCCCUCAGCACCGCGCCGCACCGGGACAGAGUAUGUAAUCAAGGUUCAACCCUUGAAGCGCAACGAGAUGCAGCCUUCCUAUGCGCAGGACAUGGGCUUGCAAGAGGUCACCCAUGGUCUUUACGGAACACUCCUUCAGGGGCUCGGAAACUUUGUCGGCUGCUUUGGCGCCGUUCCCUGCUUCCCUUGCCCGAACCCUUACCGGGACGUCAAGCAAGGAUCAGUCGGCUUGGUUUCUCGAUUUGGCCAGUUCUACAAAUCUGUAGACCCUGGCUUGGUCCGCGUUAACGUCUGCACCGAGUCACUCCGCAUCGUCGACGUCAAAAUACAAAUAAGUGCCAUCGGACGCCAGAAGGUCAUCACGCGCGACAACGUGGACGUCGAAAUCGAUUCCGUCAUUUAUUUCCAGAUCACCAACCCUUACCGGGCCGCCUUCGGUAUCACUGAUUUGCGUCAGGCUCUCAUAGAGCGAGCGCAGACCACCUUACGGCACGUUGUCGGCGCACGGGCCGUGCAAUCCGUCGUCACCGAGCGCGAGGCGAUCGCGUUUGAAAUUGCCGAAAUUGUUGGCGACGUCGCGGACAAGUGGGGCGUCGCCAUCGAGGGCAUCCUCAUCAAGGAUAUCAUCUUCUCGCCCGAGGUUUCCGCCUCCCUCUCGUCCGCCGCACAGCAGAAGCGGAUCGGCGAGAGCAAGGUCAUCGCCGCCCGCGCCGAGGUCGACGCCGCCCGUCUCAUGCGUCAGGCCGCCGACAUCCUCGCGAGCCCGGCCGCGAUGCAGAUCCGGCAGCUCGAGGCGCUGCAAGGCAUGGCGAAGAGCGCGAACAGCAAGGUCGUAUUCGUGCCGAUGCAGCUGCAGAGCGACAUCGCGAGUCAACUGGCGCCGCAGGCUUCAUCCUUUGGAGCAGGUCCGUCGAGCGCCUUACGGGAGGAGACAGGCGAAGGCUUUGGCGCCACGUCUAGGGCGGCCAUCCUGAACAGCGCCGCUGAGUUGUAAGGUUGGGCAUGUGCUCGCAUUUUGAUUGUGAUACCUCUCCCGACGCACAUGCGACGAGUUUGUAUAGGUUCGCUCUCCCGUUCGAUCCGCUCGUCGACCUAAGGUUAUAUUAGUUACCUGUCACGAUCAAGUCCGCUUACGUUCUAUAUAAUGCCAUUUGUACUACUAUGCCCUACCUUGGAGACGGAUGCCAUCUCAGCGCAAUUACGGCCCUC